GGGCGAGGCGCGACGGAGGCUGAAGAGGGUCCGGCGCCGCCGGUUGCGGCUUCGUGAGAGGGCCCGGGAACGCGAGGCUGAGCGGGAGGCGGAGGCCGCGCAGGCCACGGAAAGGGAGCAGGAGAUUGACCGCUGGAGGGUGAAGUGUGUGCAGGAAGUGGAGGAAAAGAAGCGGGAACAGGAACUCAAAGCGGCUGCUGAUGGGGUCUUAUCUGAAGUAAGGAAAAAACAGUCAGACACUAAAAGAAUGGUGGACAUUCUGCGUGCUCUUGAGAAACUGAGGAAACUGAGGAAAGAAGCUGCUGCAAGGAAAGGGGUCUGUCCUCCUGCCUCAGCAGAUGAAACUUUUGAGCACCAUCUUCAGCGGCUGAGAAAACUCAUUAAAAAGCGCUCUGAACUGUAUGAAGCUGAAGAGAGAGCCCUCCGAGUUAUGCUGGAAGGAGAGCAGGAAGAAGAGAGGAAAAGAGAAUUAGAAAAGAAACAGAGAAAAGAGAAAGAGAAACUUUUACUUCAGAAACGAGAAAUUGAGUCCAAGUUAUUUGGAGAUCCCGAGGAGUUCCCACUUGCUCACCUCCUGCAGCCAUUCCGCCAGUAUUACCUCCAGGCUGAGCACUCCCUGCCUGCGCUCAUUCAGAUAAGGCAUGAUUGGGAUCAGUACCUGGUGCCGUCUGAUCAUCCUAAAGGCAACUCCGUUCCCCAAGGAUGGGUCCUUCCCCCGAUCCCCAGCAACGACAUCUGGGCAACAGCCGUUAAGCUUCAUUAAGACCCUCCAGGAGUGUGGUCCAGCAGGCCAGCACUGCAGCUCUAGAUGUCAGUGAUGCUGCCGUCUCACGCUGUAGUCUUCUGCACAACUUAAACUUCAUGCGGCAUUGCUGUAGCUGGAAGUCCUGCUUCUCUCUAUUCUCUGCCCUGGCCAGAGUUACCUCUUGAAUCAGGAGGUUGAUAAGGUUCUUCUGGAAAGGGCCUAGAUGAACUGAAGUUAUUAGCAUGGGCAGUGGCCUUCACUCACUAACUGCCUCUGUUUUGAGAGGCUUGGCCUAGUGUGGCCUACUUAUCUGUUCUAGGCUUGUUUUGAAUUGGCGGGUAAAUACAGUCAGCACACUUGGUUACUCCUUGAAGAUGUUCACGGAGUAGAGUUAGCAGGCACUACUCCUUAUUUUCCUCUACCAACUGCCCUCCAGCUUCCAGGUCAAAGUUUGACCUACAGUUCUGUUAAUCCCAGUUUGGUGCAGUUGGGAGGCUGCUACUGAGAACGAUGGCAGUGGCAUUAGACUGGGCUGCCAGGAAUGCUGACAGCUUAGAACUUUUGUUCUCUGGAGAGCUUAUAAAAUCCGACGAGUGCCAGACCAGAUUGGCUGGUGCUCUGACAGACAGUGCCUGUGUUCCUCAUGAAAGUGCUAGUCCAGAGUUCCAAGGGAUCUAACUGUGUGGGUCUCCAGCAAUAGAAAUGUGUUUCCCUAUGAGACCAUAAUCUCAGUCACAUGCUAGCUCUGGGAUUCUUCUUUUCUCCUCUUUAGCUCAAGCUUCUAAAAAUAUCCAUGUAGUAAAAGUUGGGGAAAGAGCAAAUACAAAUGGUAAAUUUUAUUUUUUAUAUUCAUUAAUAAGUGCUGUUGUGCUUGGGACAUGAUCAGUCAUAUGACAUGUUAUGGUUUUUGUUUUGCUUUAUUCUGGUUUUUGUUAUUUAAUUUCCUAAAAGCUAAAUAAAUACCAUUUUCACUUUUUAAUUUGA